CUUGGAAGACAGAGGCAGAAUACAUUUACGCUCUGACAUUGGAUUACUUUUAAUCGUAUUCGUACUGUUUGAGCACUUCUGUUUCCUUAUUUUACAGGAUCAUAGGUAGUAAGGUUGCGAGCAGUUUUUUGUAACAACGUUUAAUCGCGUAAUGUUUUAUGCGACAGUUUGCAUUGUUGUCGGACGUGUUGAACGAAACGAUUUUCUACUUGUUAAUUUAGGAAUCUGAGCAGAAAGGCUUCCAGUCAGUUCAGAAGAAUAAUGGAAAAGAAACAAGUUAAGGCCCUUGUGGAUGAAAUAAUAAAAUGCUACAAGAGCGAUACCGCCACGGGACUGCAAGUCACAAUACAGUUCUUUGUAAAUGCUUGUUCUUCUCAAAUCAGAGUUGAAGAUUAUGAUUCAAAAGAUUUUGAGAACAUAAUAAAAAGCAUGGAAGAGGAUGUUAUUAAGAGAAACAACAUAGAAUUUCCAUUGAUGGGGAAAGAGAGAAAAGUAAAGAAGACUUGCAACAGCUAUUCUGAAUUUAUACAUCUCCUUGUGAAACAAUGUCAGAAUUCCAUCUUGUAUGAUGGUUGUCUCAUACAAAAUAUUUGUUCUUUCUUGGCUAAGCUUUCAGUGAGCCGAAUUAGAGGCUUUAGGCAUGCCAGCACUUUAGCAGGUCUAAAUCUGUUAACAAUACUUCUGCAAGUAGCACAUGAGGUUGAAACAAACAUGAAUGAAAUUCAGGGCCAAUGGGAUAAAGAGAAAACAAAUGAUUCUGAUGAAAUUGCAAUAGCACGGCUAGAUUUACUUGAGUCGAAUCUCAAUGAGCUUGAAGACAAUAUGCAAGAACUACAGAAUAUGGUUUGGUUCCUGUUUGGUGCCAUUGUAGUUCAUAGACUGAGGGAUGUGUGUGCAGAAAUUCGAGUACUGUGUUGUGAGAAUCUUGGAUCAUGGAUAAGGACUUACCAUGGAACGUACCUACAAGAUAAAUACCUCAAGUAUAUUGGGUUUUUGUUGUAUGACUCAUCUCCAGAUGUAAGGAUGAGCUGUGUGCAGGCCUUGCUCCCAUUGUAUGCAUCUGCUGAAUCGUGUAUGAAGCUGGAGCAGUUCACAAAAAAAUUUUUGAAACGGCUUGUCUGUAUGACAUUAGACAAGCAGAUUAAUGUUUCUGUGCACACUUUUAAGAUUCUUACUUUUAUAUAUAGGUGCUUUGGAAGUGAAUUGUUAUCCACAGAUAGUGAGAAUUUAUACUUGCUAGUGUUUUCAAAGUAUUUAUCUGUUGCACAAGCUGCAGGGGAGUUUCUUUUACUUGUAUUUGAGGAACAGAAGAAAAAAGAUAAUUCAAGCCUUUUGGAAAAUAUUGUUUGUUUCUUCUCUGAGGCUGGGUAUCCUGAUCAUGCUAGAUGUCUGGUUGAUGCAUUGUGGGAUAAUUGUGAUGAGCUGAGAAAUUGGCCCGAAAUGUCCAGACUUGGAAUGGUGCAGAAUGACACUGGCAACCUGCCAGCAGUAAAAAUUAUUGUGAGUUGCAUAGAGUGUGCAGUUUCUGGUAAAUCAGUGACAGGCGAUGCAAAAUUAGGGCAAAAAAAGAGACAACAGUUGGAGAAAGUGAAAGAAGAAUUUGAACAUAACAGACAAAAUAUAACAGAACAAUUCCUUACAUCACUUCCUGAAAUGAUGCUUUCUAACAUCUGUGAUGUAGAUUCCAUAAAGUGCUUAUUGACCAUUCCUCUUCAUUUUAAAAUGGAAAUGUUUGGCAUGCCACAGUUUCAAGAGAAGCUCAAUACACUUUUGAGAAUCAUCAAAAAAAUCUUUGUUCGAUAUGCAGAUGAGGAGGUUGUGGUUGGCUGUACAAAUGUUUUCAAAUUUUUCCAUAAGGAAGAUGCUCCCACAUUCAACACAACUGAUAUUUUAUUGAAUAUUUUGGCUGAGAAGACAAUCAAGCACUACAAGAAGAGCAUGAUUCGAUGGUGUCAGAUGGACAAAGAACAACCAAUGGAAAAUGAAGUUCUGAUAUCUUGGACAAGAAAGCUGUGUUGCCUUUACAAGUGCAGUGACAUGAGUAAUCACAGCCUGUUGAAAGAAGCCACGCACAGUAUUUUUAACUAUUUGAAUCAGGUGCAGUCCGUACCAGAUAAGGUGUUGGUUCUGCUUGCGAAGAUAUGCUUUUUCGAGUUGAUGUGGCGGCUCAAGAAACUAAAGGAUCAACAUGAGGAUACAGAAGAAAGUGUCAGAUGUUUAGCAGAAGAUGUACAAACAUAUUUUCAGGUUCUAAGAACUAUUUUGACAACAGAUAAAGUGGAUGUUAAAGUAUCGGUAAAAGAUGAGAUUUUUUUAAUUCUGUGUGAUUUCCUACAUGCAUUUGGGGAAAAAGCUACAAGGGCUCAUGGAUUUGCUGUACUUACUUGUGCACCUGACAGUCAACUCCAGUCUGACAUCAACCGUCUUAUUCAGGAGAGAUUGUUGGCAGACGAGGAUUCGUUUAAUGAAACGUCUGGUGAUGGCCUACUAAAAACGAGAUCAAAUAUGUGUAAAAUGAUUUUAGCUGGAUAUUGCAAAUUAAUAAUUUAUGAUGUUUUACCUUUGACACCAGUUCCAUAUCUACUUUUGUACUACUGUAAAUUCCAGGACUGUGAGGAUAUUGUUAUCUAUAUGAUGGACAGGCUACUGGAAAUCGAAAGUGCAGGGUUUGGUCUGUCCAUUAUAAAAAGUCUAAAAGUGCUGUAUUCAUAUAUUAGAAAGGAAGAAAAUUGGCAUGAAGGUUUAGGGGAAUUAAAGGCACUAUGUAAUAAAAUUUAUGGGGCAUUAAAAAAACAUCCACAGAAGUCUGAAGCCGCCAUACAGGUUAUUCAUCUGAAUGGUAUAAAUUAUGUUGCUGAACAAAAUGAUGUAAUAUCUCAUCUUUCAUUCUUGGAAUUGCUUUCAGAAUUUUGCAAGCAAAUAUCAGACGGACUAUCAAAAGUCAUAUUUAAUCACUUGGAGCAGAAAAUUCCUGCCCCAGAUACCAGGACCGCCGCUGAUGAGUGGAGCUCAUACAAGAUAUACAAAACUGCACUGGCAGCUGCAGAUAAAAAGAGAAAAGUAGAAGUAGGAAACUUAAAAUCUGAUAAGAAGAAGAGAGAAACUAAAGAUCGGAAGAAAGUUACCCCAACAUCAUCAGAGACUAAGAAAAUGAAGACCAAGACCAAGAAUAAAAAGAGCAAAGGAAGGGGCACUUUGGAGGUGUUUACUCAUCCUGCGCCUCAGCCAACAGCAGCAAGCACGCCAAUGCCUCCUCUGUCUGUUACACCCAGCAUUGAAGAUACAAGUGUUCCUCCAUCUCAGAUAUUAAUGACCUAAAGAGCCUUUGGAAGUCAUUUAGCGUAAGAAAUACUGCUGAUAAAGUUUUGCUGAAAUUCAUAAUUCAUGAUACCCUUAACAGUUUCUAUUGUACAAAACUGUGUUAUGCAGUAAAUAUUCAUAUUAAGAUGACGUGUUAUUUAACUGCUGUUUACAAAAAUAAAAAUAUCUGAAUAACAAUAACUUUACUAUUGUUAUACAACAAUCUAGUAAAGUUGGUGAAAAGCAACGUUUUAUGUUUUUUAGUAUGUGCAAGGAUUAUUAUUGUGUAAAGUUAAGAAUCAAAUGCUGUUGGUAAAUAUGUUUUGUUAUAUUGGUCCAUUGUAACCAUUUCUCUACAGUCUUCAUACAUUGCUGGCCAUUAAAAUUGCAUCUAGAAGGUGGCAGCAUGCAAAAACUCUUGUAUUGACAAAGUCUGAUACCUGUUUUGCAUACAAAUGACUAGCAUUUCAGUGCAACUUCACAAACUAAGUAAAGUUAGACCACCCAAUUCCUUUAUAUAAAGAAAAA